AUGCACCUCGCCGCAAUUAAUGUGGGAGAUCUCUUGAUCCCCCUGUGGCGAGGUACUCAUUCUACAGAGGGAGACGACCAUGCUUCCCGCUGGGAGUGGGCAGCAUUAGCAGACUCAGAUCUAUGGCGCAAGCUGGGCGCUCUUGUUGGUUCGUGGGCGACACACCUCCCCAUUUCCUUCGACAAGACUCCGCAUGAUCUUCAGAAAAUUCACAGCCAUUAUAGAGCAUGGGAAUGGCUUAUUCUGCUCUAUGGAUACGGUCCAGCCUUGUUUUUCGGUAUACUCGAUGAACGUUACUGGCAACAUUUCUGCCGCCUUGUCCGGGGCAUUCGAAUCCUCCAACAAUGCUCGAUAACGGCCGAUCAGCUCGCCGAAGCUGACAAGCAUUUAAAACUAUUUGCUUGGGAGUUCGAGACCUUGUACGUACAAGGUCAAACUAACCGGAUACAUUUUGUGCGCCCAUGGAUUCACGCUAUUACCCAUCUCGCCAACGAAACAGAGCGCAAAGGGCCGCCAAUUACGUGCUCACAAUGGACACUCGAACGAAUGAUCGGGGACCUCGGCCGAGAAAUACGCAAUCAUGCAAGUCCCUACGCUAAUAUAUCAGCCCGCGCUACGCUCCGCUGUCAAGUAAAUGCCCUCAAGGCCCUCUAUCCGGACACGUUUGACCCCGAGCAUCCGAAUUUACCGCGUGGUGGCGAGGAUCUUGGCGACUACUAUGUCCUUCUUUGUUGUCGGGACCGAUAUUCCCGCACCGUGUCAGCGGCCGAAGAAACUGUCCUCGCUGACGCUCUGCAUUCCCUCGGAUACCAGCUUGAAGAUGCACCCCACGUGCAGCGUUGGGCCCAUCUACGACUGCCCAAUGGACAGAUCGCAAGGUCGCUCUGGCAAGAAGAAAUCAUGACCAGGGGCGUCCGCUGUUCACGGAAUGUUUCGUUUCAAAUACCUGGAGAGGACACGCCUUCUUAUGGCGAGGUCCGUUAUUACUUCAAGAUGAGGCACCCAUCCGUCAAAGCCUUUGCCAUGGUCUCAGCGUACGGAUUGCCUGAUCCCGAUUUACGACGGCGUUCGUUCAACACGUUACACGCAUGCAAACACAGAAGCGACGAAGAUCUUUGCAUUAUUGAUGUUAAGAACAUUCGCUCGGUUGUAGCUAUGAUACCUCAUAGAUUCCCUGAUAGUCGUGAUCUCUUCUUUGUAGUUGAGAAGCCCGGGUUAUCUUUUACUGUAUUAACUGGAUACGAGGAGCCUUCUCAUGAAUAG